GAGGCUGCGGUUGGCGGUGGCUGAGGAGAGUACCGCAAGGACUGUGAGAGGAGGCGGAGGAGGCACCCGCGGCGCCGGCAGAGGCGGCGACAGCGGUCGAGGCGGCGGUCCAACGCGUGCUCUCUGGGCGGGGUGCGGCGGGGGAUGUGCCUGCCCGGGCCGGGCGGAGUCUCUCUGACAGGGCGGGGGAUGCGCGGCGGCCGCUCUCCCGGACCCUGAGGCAGCUGGGCCCACCCUCCCGGAACCGUUCGACCCUCGGUGGCCUCAGCCUCUUCUGUCUCCGGCAGCCUGACUCUGGGGCCGCGGGUGGGAGGUGGCUUUUCCUGAAGAGGAGGGGGCUGCAGUGGCCACCGCGGCGGAGCCCGAGUACUUUUGCCAUGAAAAUGGUUUGCAGGGUCUUGGACACAUACUAUCCAUGCUGAUGGGACAGGAUCCAAUAUGAAUAUAAAUGAUGGAGGAAGACGACGCUUUGAGGAUAAUGAACAUACGUUACAUAUAUAUCCUGGGACAAUUUCAGAAGAGACUAUCUACUGUGCAAUUCCUGCCGGAAAAAACUCCACAGCUGCUGAGGUGAUCGACUCUCUUAUAAACAGACUUGAUCUUGACAAAACAAAAUGUUAUGUUCUUGCAGAAGUAAAGGAAUUUGGUGGAGAAGAAUGGAUACUCAAUCCAACAGACUGUCCAGUUCAGCGAAUGAUGUUGUGGCCCCGAAUGGCUCUGGAAAAUCGCCUAAGUGGAGAGGACUAUCGCUUUCUUCUGAGAGAAAAAAACCUUGAUGGAUCAAUCCAUUAUGGUAGUCUGCAGUCAUGGCUACGGGUAACAGAAGAACGUCGCAGGAUGAUGGAACGGGGUUUUCUUCCGCAGCCUCAACAAAAAGACUUUGAUGAUUUAUGUAGCUUACCUGAUUUGAAUGAGAAAAUUCUCUUAGAAAACCUACGAAAUCGCUUUAAGCAUGAAAAAAUUUAUACCUAUGUUGGCAGUAUUCUAAUAGUUAUUAACCCAUUCAAGUUUCUUCCUAUUUAUAAUCCCAAAUAUGUCAAAAUGUAUGAUAACCACCAAUUGGGAAAAUUGGAGCCCCACAUUUAUGCUGUGGCUGAUGUAGCUUAUCAUGCCAUGCUUCAGCGCAAAAAGAAUCAGUGCAUUGUGAUUUCAGGAGAGAGUGGUUCUGGGAAGACUCAAAGCACAAACUUUCUUAUACACCACCUUACUGCUCUCAGUCAGAAAGGAUUUGCCAGUGGAGUGGAACAAAUUAUUCUUGGAGCUGGACCAGUACUUGAGGCCUUUGGAAAUGCAAAGACAGCUCAUAAUAACAAUUCAAGUCGUUUUGGCAAGUUUAUUCAAGUAAAUUACCAAGAAACUGGCACUGUACUUGGUGCCUAUGUUGAAAAAUACCUACUGGAGAAGUCCAGACUUGUUUAUCAAGAGCAUAAUGAACGGAACUAUCAUGUAUUUUAUUACCUUCUGGCAGGAGCAAGUGAAGAAGAAAGAUUAGCAUUCCAUCUUAAAGAACCGGAAGAGUAUCAUUAUCUCAACCAGAUAACAAAGAAACCCCUCAGACAGAGCUGGGAUGAUUAUUGCUAUGACUCUGAGCCGGAUUGCUUUUCGGUGGAGGGGGAAGAUUUGAGGCAUGACUUUGAACGCUUACAACUGGCCAUGGAAAUGGUAGGAUUUCUUCCCAAGACACGAAGACAGAUUUUCUCUCUUCUCUCAGCAAUACUACAUUUGGGUAAUAUCUGUUAUAAAAAGAAGACAUAUCGGGAUGACUCCAUAGAUAUCUGUAAUCCUGAAGUUCUGCCUAUUGUCUCAGAAUUAUUAGAAGUUAAAGAAGAGAUGCUGUUUGAAGCAUUAGUUACAAGGAAGACCGUGACAGUGGGAGAAAAACUUAUUUUGCCAUAUAAGCUGGCAGAGGCUGUGACAGUGAGGAAUUCCAUGGCUAAGUCUUUAUAUAGUGCCCUGUUUGACUGGAUAGUUUUUCGGAUAAAUCAUGCACUUCUGAAUAGUAAAGAUUUGGAGCAAAAUACGAAGGAGGAGUAUAGAACUGAAGGUAUUAGCUGGCACAAUAUAGAUUAUAUUGAUAAUACCUGUUGCAUCAAUCUUAUUAGCAAGAAACCAACAGGACUGCUCCAUCUUUUGGAUGAAGAAAGCAACUUUCCACAGGCUACAAAUCAAACAUUGCUAGAUAAAUUUAAGCAUCAACAUGAAGAGAAUUCUUACAUUGAAUUUCCAGCUGUGAUGGAGCCUGCUUUCAUUAUAAAGCAUUAUGCGGGGAAAGUAAAAUAUGGGGUAAAGGACUUCCGGGAAAAAAAUACAGAUCAUAUGCGCCCUGACAUUGUAGCUCUUCUAAGAAGUAGCAAGAAUGCAUUUAUCUCUGGGAUGAUUGGAAUUGAUCCUGUAGCGGUUUUCCGAUGGGCAGUUCUCAGAGCUUUUUUCAGAGCCAUGGUUGCUUUCAGGGAAGCUGGGAAAAGACACAUUCAGAGAAAAACUGGACAUGAUGAUACAGCGCCAUGUGCAAUUUUGAAAAGUAUGGAUAGUUUUAGCUUUCUCCAACACCCAGUCCACCAGAGGAGCUUAGAGAUUCUGCAGAGGUGCAAGGAAGAGAAGUACAGUAUAACCCGGAAAAAUCCCAGAACACCUCUUUCUGAUCUCCAGGGCAUGAAUACUCUAAAUGAAAAAAAUCAACAUGAUACAUUUGAUAUUGCCUGGAAUGGCAGAACUGGGAUUCGUCAGAGCAGACUAUCAAGUAGCACCUCCUUGCUUGAUAAAGAUGGGAUCUUUGCUAAUUCAGCUAGCAGCAAACUCUUGGAAAGAGCACAUGGAAUUCUCACGAGAAACAAAAACUUCAAAUCUAAGCCUGGCCUUCCAAAGCACUUGCUAGAGGUAAAUUCUUUAAAGCACCUGACAAGACUGACAUUACAGGAUCGCAUCACCAAGUCUCUUCUUCAUUUGCACAAGAAGAAAAAACCUCCCAGCAUCAGUGCCCAGUUUCAGGCCUCAUUAAGCAAACUGAUGGAGACACUUGGUCAAGCAGAACCAUAUUUUGUGAAAUGCAUUCGCUCAAAUGCUGAAAAGCUGCCAUUAAGGUUCAAUGAUGCCUUGGUACUUCGACAGCUUCGGUACACUGGGAUGCUGGAGACAGUUCGAAUUCGCCAGUCCGGAUACAGCUGCAAAUAUUCUUUCCAGGAUUUUGUGAACCACUUCCAUGUACUUCUUCCCCGAAAUAUUAUUCCAUCCAAAUUUAACAUUCAGGAUUUCUUCAGGAAAAUAAAUCUUAAUUCAGAUAACUAUCAAGUUGGAAAAUCCAUGGUGUUCCUAAAGGAGCAGGAACGACAGCACCUACAAGAUCUGCUUCACCAAGAGGUGCUCCGCAGAAUCAUAUUGUUGCAGCGAUGGUUCAAGGUCCUGCUGUGUAGGCAGCAUUUCCUCCACCUGAGACAGGCAUGCAUCAUUAUCCAGCGAUUCUGGAGGAAUUACCUAAAUCAGAAACAAGUCAGAAAUGUAGCUGUGCAGAAGGAUGCUGUAGUUAUGGCUAGUGCAGCCACUCUUCUCCAGGCUUCCUGGCGUGCUCAUGUGGAGAGACAGAGGUUUUUGGAGCUCCGGACUGCAGCCAUCAUCAUCCAGCAGAGAUGGAAGGAAUGCUAUAGGCAGAGGCACUUGGCUGCUGUCUGCAUUCAGGCAAGAUGGAAAAGCUACAGGGAACGUAAGAGGUAUCAAGAACAAAGGAGCAAAAUUAUCCUUUUGCAGUCAAUAUGUAGAGGAUUCAGAGAAAGACAAAGAUUUAAAAUUUUAAAAGACCAAAGACUGAAAGAAACAAAACUAGAACUUAGAUCGGAAGAUCCUGAGCCAUAUGGAGCUCUCGAAAUUCAGGGCUCAGACCCUUCAGAAUGGGAGGACUGUUCCUUUGACAACAGAGUGAAAGCUAUAGAAGAAUGUAAAUCUGUGAUAGAGAGUAAUCGAAUUAGCCAGGAGAGUUCAAUGGACUGCUUGAAAGAGUCCCCAAACAAGCGACAGGAGAGAGCCAGAAGCCAAAGUGGUGUGGACUUGCAGGAAGAAGUGAUUGUAAGAGAGAGACCUAAGUCCUUGGAGGAUCUCCACCAGAAAAAAGUAGGUCGGGCCAAAAGAGAAAGUCGGAGAAUGAGAGAACUAGAGCAAGCUAUAUUUAGUUUAGAAUUGCUAAAAGUUCGUUCUCUUGGUGGCAUGUCUCCUUCAGAGGAACGUAGAUGGUCUACAGAACUGUUGCCUGAAGGCCUUCAGUCUCCACAAGGUACACCUGACAGUGAAAGCUCUCAAGGAAGCUUGGAACUUCUGAGCUGUGAGGAAAGCCAGAAGAGCAAACUCGAGUCUAUAACUUUAGAUGAAGGAGACUUACAGUUUCUGUCACCUAAAAUAUCUAGCAGUCCAAAAUUUGAUUCACAGGACAAUGCCCUCAGUGCCUCAAGUGAUACUAACUAUACAACAGUUGAAAAGGGGACACCCUCUGACUCCGUGCAUUUGAAGAAUGGGACUAUGAAGGAAAAACUGGUUUGCGGUUCUGAAUCUAUUACCUGUAAGCCGCAGCUGAGAGAGCCCUUUAUUUCAAGUAGUCUGCCUACAUUUUUUUAUAUUCCUCAACAAGACCCACUGAAAACAAGUUCCCAACUAGACACAGGUCUCCAGAGAAACAAGCUAUUAGAAAGCAAAGAAACGCUUUCAACUCUUACAUUGGAUACAAACAGGGAAGCUAGAAAGUACCACUCCUCAGGAGAAAAUCAACUUGUUAGGUCUUUGAAUAUGGAUUCUUCUAAUACUGUGCUAAAGAAGUUAGAAAAACUAAACACUGAGAAGGAAGAAAGGCAAAAGCAUUUGCAGCAGCAGAAUGAAAAAGAGAUGAUGGAACAGAUUCGUCAGCAAACAGAUAUUUUAGAGAAGGAGCGUAAAGCCUUCAAGACCAUUGAAAAGCCAAGAACUGAGGAGUCUUUCCUGGCACCAUCUUUCCAUCCAUCAAAACAAAGAGUAGAGAGGCCAUCCUCUCUCCUCAUUCUGAAUACCCCAAAUAAGGAAGAACCCAGUCUACUAGGGCCUCCAUUAGUAACUGUAAAAGAUGCAGCUCUUCUUCCAAAAGACAGCACUACUGCUCACCUGUCCCAGAAGGACCGACCUGUCACCUUGUUCUUUGACAGGAAAGGAGGCCCAUACCAAUCUACUACUACCAAGGAAUUAUCCAAGACAGACAGAAUGGGUACCCAAAUGAACAUAGCCUGUAAACUUUCUAAUAAUCGUAUUUCAAAAAGAGAGCAUCAUAGGCCAGCUCAGUCUUAUAUCCACAAAUCUGAUGGCCCUUCCAGAGAUGGAACUACUAGGGUCAUGUUCUUCACACCAAAGGAUAAUACAAAUAUUUCCCUUGUCAACAAGGAAGCCAUAAGCAGUGGGAAUCCUCGACUGCAUAAACAAGAUGAACCAAAUUGGAAACCUGUGAAGCUAACUGGGCUGGGCCAAGGAGAGACAUCACAGCGAUUUUCUUCAGUUGAUGAAGAAGCAAAGCUUCAUAAGACUAUGUCUCAAGGAGAGAUUACAAAAUUGGCAGUGAGGCAGAAGGCUUCAGAUUCGGAUAUAAGACCUCAGAGAGCUAAGAUGAGAUUCUGGGCCAAAGGGAGACAAGGGGACAAGAAGACUACCCGAGUGAAACCUGCCACCCAGUCAGAGGUGUCAGGAUUCUUUCCUGGCUCAGAUAUGAUUCCAGCUCAUCAGUUUCCAGAUGAAUUAGUUCAGUAUCACUCGACACCUCCUUUGAGCCCAGAAUUGCCUGGUAGUUGCCGGAAAGAGUUCAAGGAGAACAAAGAACCUUCUCCAAAGGCAAAGCGGAAGCGGAGUGUGAAGAUCAGCAAUGUGGCUUUGGAAUCUGUGCACUGGCAAAAUGACUCUGUCCAGAUCAUAGCAAGUGUCAGUGAUUUAAAAAGUAUGGAUGAAUUUCUUCUGAAAAAGAUGAAUGACCUAGACAAUGAAGACAGCAAGAAAGACACAUUAGUGGAUGUUGUAUUUAAAAAAGCCCUGAAAGAAUUUCGGCAGAAUAUCUUCAGCUUUUAUUCAUCUGCCUUGGCGGUAGAUGAUGGGAAAAGCAUACGGUAUAAAGACCUCUACGCAUUAUUUGAACAGAUUCUGGAAAAGACCAUGAGACUUGAGCAGCGUGAUUGGAGAGAAUCUCCAGUCAGAGUUUGGGUUAACACUUUUAAAGUGUUUUUAGAUGAAUAUAUGAAUGAAUUCAAGACUUUGGAUUGUAUACCCACAAAGGUGCCAAAAACAGAAAGAAAGAAAAGAAGGAAAAAAGAAGCUGAUUUAGUGGAAGAGCACAAUGGUCACAUCUUUAAGGCCACCCAGUAUAGCAUCCCUACGUACUGUGAGUACUGUUCUUCUUUGAUAUGGAUAAUGGACCGAGCCUCUGUUUGCAAAUUAUGCAAAUAUGCUUGCCAUAAGAAAUGCUGUCUGAAAACCACAGCCAAGUGCUCUAAAAAGUAUGAUCCAGAACUGUCAUCUCGACAAUUUGGGGUUGAAUUGUCCCGUUUGACCAGUGAAGAACGAACUGUUCCUUUAGUGGUGGAAAAGCUCAUAAACUACAUCGAAAUGCAUGGACUGUACACAGAAGGUAUUUACCGAAAGUCUGGUUCAACCAAUAAAAUCAAGGAGCUUCGACAGGGUCUAGAUACAGAUGCUGAGAAUGUAAACCUGGACGACUAUAAUAUACAUGUCAUUGCAAGUGUAUUCAAACAAUGGCUUCGUGAUUUGCCCAAUCCACUCAUGACCUUUGAACUUUACGAGGAAUUUCUUCGGGCUAUGGGCCUUCAGGAGAGGAAAGAGACAAUCCGUGGUGUAUACUCUGUGAUUGACCAGCUCUCUCGAACUCAUCUCAACACACUGGAACGCCUCAUCUUUCAUCUAGUCAGGAUUGCUCUCCAGGAAGAAACUAAUCGAAUGUCUGCUAAUGCUUUAGCCAUUGUGUUUGCACCCUGCAUUCUCCGCUGCCCUGACACCAUUGACCCACUACAAAGCGUGCAGGAUAUCAGUAAAACUACCACCUGUGUGGAGCUGAUUGUUGUGGAACAAAUGAAUAAAUACAAGGCUCGUCUCAAAGACAUCAGUAGCCUGGAAUUUGCUGAGAAUAAGGCAAAGACCAGGCUGUCUCUGAUUCGUAGAUCAAUGGGAAAAGGGCGACUUCGCCGAGGAAACUACCCAAGUCCAUCCUCUCCUGUUGUAGUUCAGUUGCCCUCUAUGUCUGAUGUUCCAGAAGAGACCUUGGCUAGUGAAACAGCUGUGGAGACUGACAUCACAGAACAACAGCAAGCAGCCAUGCAGCAGGAGGAGAGGGUACUGACUGAGCAGAUUGAGAACCUACAGAAGGAGAAGGAGGAACUAACAUUUGAGAUGCUUGUACUGGAACCCCGUGCCUCUGAUGAUGAAACUCUGGAGUCUGAGGCCUCCAUUGGGACUGCCGAUAGCUCAGAAAAUUUGAAUAUUGACUCUGAAGGUGCCAUCUCUGAGAAAUCAGAGAGAAGCUUAGCCCUUAGCUUCCUGAAGGCAGCUGGCAAGUCUGAACCUUCAAGUAAGUUACGAAAGCAGCUAAGAAAACAGCAAGACUCUUUGGAUUCAUUGGACUCUUCAGUCUCUACUUUAUGUUCAUCUAGCACUGCAUCUUCUCAUGGGACCAGAAAACGAUUUCAGAUUUAUUCUAAAUCUCCGUUCUACCGAGCCGCCUCAGCUGGGGAGGUCCUGGGAAUGGAAGGGCCAUUGGGCCAGACCAGAUCCCUGGAAGACAGACCUCACUUCAUCAGCAGAGGAACCUUCAACCCUGAAAAGGGCAAACAAAAAUUAAAGAAUGUGAAAAACUCACCUCAGAAAACCAAAGAGACCCCAGAAGGGACAGUGCUGUCUGGCCGCAGGAGAACUGUGGACCCAGACUGCAGCUCCACCCAACAGCUAGCACUCUUUGGAAAUAACGAGUUUAUGGUCUGACCUGGCAGCUCUGUGUCCCUUCAUGACUACAGAGUGGUAAACACAUCUCAUCUUUGGGGCCUCUUCUAAUCACCUUGUCCACAAGAGUGCAUCCUAAUUGUGGUCCUGCCUCGUGCCCAAGCAUACAGCUGAGAACUUGUGUGCUAAUUUCCUGGGCCUCCUGCAGACGCAGAAAAGCCCCUUUGAAGCCUCCUGGGGAUGGUGCCAGCUGUGCCUUGGCUGCUGUAUUUGACUGGAGAUUUCACCAAACAGAGCCACCAAGGACCCUGGGGAUUUGGGUCAGUUGUGGAGGUCUUUGUAGCUGCCUCUCCUCCAUCCUUUUUUCCUUCCCAGAGGUGGGUGUUGAACUGGAGGGGAAAUGGUGGGCCUUAGGGACCCGCUGAUUUCUGACAUUCUAAGAAAACAUAUAAAUCUUUCUUAACAAUGAAAGCAAAAGCCUUUGAGUUUAUUUUGGGAUAGUUAGGAGCUGGAGCAGAAUAUAAUUUUUUUCCAAGGAUUUAUAAACAAAAAGCCCAAGCCCUCUAUUUUAAGAUUUUUGUGAAGCACUCCAUGUUAUAUUCUGGGGAAAGUAAAAAAGUAAUUGUUUCCAUGAAGCCAUCAGAGCAUGUCUCAGACAUCUGGUUACACAAUGAGAAGAGAGUACGUGUUUUGUUUUUUGAUGAUGUUCAGUGUCCUAAUAAUCAGUGCUGGCCUCAGUAGUUCCUGCCAAACAUACUGCAUGGGCUGAAGUUCCAGUAGCCUACUGUUCUCAUACUUCCUGGUCCUAGGAUUAGGUUCCUCUAAUUUUUUUUAAAUGUCUCAUCAGAGACAUGGUGAUCCCUAAACAUUAGGGAUCCAUCCUAAUCCACCCAGGCUUUUUUCUCUUUGUUUGGAUUAAACUGAAGAUCACAAAUGAAUCUGUUCGUCUGCGGGUGAUUUCCACCACAGACUCCAAUAAUGUGACCAUUUAAUCACUUCUCCCCAAAACAUUCAUACACAACACUGCAUGAAUAAGUGUUAGCAGAAAGCUGCCAAAAAAAUAAAGUUUUUAAUAUAACCAUCUAUUAUCUUCUUUUCCUCAGACCAUCAGUAUUAAAUAGAUGAAAGAAAAAUCAAGGACUACUUGAAGUUAUUUUUGUUAAUAUUCUGGUUACUGAAGUUUACUGUAAAUAUAUAUGUAUAGUAUGCGUGUUUCUUUUUAACUUCAUGCUUCCCUCCUCCCCGUGGAAUUUCUUCCCACAGAUUAGGGGCCAUUCAUUGGAUCCCGGUAAGAGCCACUGUCUCUGGGUCGAGGGGAAAAAUCAAAUCAUCUUUUUCACCACUGGGUGUCUCCGUACACCUGAGCUACAAUAGUAUUUUAAGCUUCUUAGCAUUUGUGGGGUUGGAAAUCUGUUUUUGCUAUUUAUAAUAUAUAGAAAAUGAAACAUGAUAUCCUUUCUUGAGAUAAGUAUGUGAAAAUGUUUAUUUUUAAAGUUACUAAAUGCAUCUUGUCUAACUACCACAUGCACUGUUCUGAAAAAGAGCCUUUACCAGCUGUAACCUGAAUUUUGGUUAUUCUUUCUUUUCGUACUUCUUCAAUUUGAAGUUAUGGAAAUAUUUAGACUUUUGUUAAGGCAGAGUCUCUCCUGUUACACAACACUGACCUCAUGUCACUGCCUCAGCGGUUAUUGUCAAGCCCCAGGGGUCAGACUUGGAACAUCAUUCUGAGUGGCAGCUAAAGGUAGCAGGAGUCUUGCCUCUCCCUGGUUUGGUUUCAGAAAUGAGCUAGGGAAAGGAAUCUUUUUAAAUCUCCAGAAUGAUGAUGGUUGUGAGUAAAUGUUAGAUUUUAUAUCCUGCAAACAUCUGCCACCUUGUUUGUGCUAAGGAGUAAUAAAUGUAAAGCCUUUAAAAAUCUGAAUUUUGGAGAAUCUCCUAGAGAAAAACCCACUCCCUCAGCACGGUCAUGUCCAGGUGGGAUUGGGGGCGCCCCAGGGCCCCUUGCCGGGCCACACAGGCCUGCUUCAGGAUUCCGGGGAGAGGAGUGGCCUUCACAGCUGUUCUCCACUCGCUCCAGAACAUGGGUUAAAUACCACACACAGAAGAGAUUGCCCUUGUUGGAUAUUCGCUUGGCCCUGAGGAGCAGUGCGGAGGACACAUCUUGGCAUACGUUCUCCUUCCAAAUCUUUGUGGAUUUUGUUUGUUUGCAAAAUAAGGUUUUGGCAGUUAAAAAGAAAACCCUCAUUAUAGGCAGGUCACUUUAUAGGAACUAGGUAGUGGAUGCUAAGAGACUUUAUAAUUUUUCUCAGGGACCUGAAACCUGAAUUUGGAUCAAAUUAAAUAAAAAAAUACUUGUUUUGCAGUUGCUAGAUUUGUGGAUUUCCAGUCAUUUAACAAACUGCCAGAAUGGAGGGUGGUGGGGAGGAGAGAUCCACACAAAUGUUAAGAAUGGAGAGCAAGUGUGGGCCCCUCCCUUUGAAGGAAAGAAAGCUUUUUUUCUUGUAGGAUAACAGGUAUUGUUGGCCUGAUAAAGAGAUGAAGCCAUAAUUCUUAAAAGCUGUCAGAAAGAACCAAGUUCUGUAUCUUCUUCCAUCUGAUCUAAACUGGUCCUCUAUGCGGUUAAAGUCGUCACCACAAAGUGACGCUGUAUUACAAUCACGGUGAAGAUGUUUAUCCUUGUCAACAGUGUGUUUUCUGUCGCUUCUCCUUUGCUUUUCUUUGCUCUGAAAUGCCACAAACAAAAUCCCUGUGUGGCAACGGUGGGGCAGCCCCCAAUGGGAGCCCGUUCUCCAAAAUACGCAAUUCUGUUCAUAUCACACAUUCCCAGCCCCAAACAAAGCCUGGAUAUUCCCUUCUCCCCAUUAAAGCCAACAUAUCCUUUAUCAUGGAAAAUGCAAUAGAAGCAGAGAAGUAUAAUUUUAGGGUUACGUUGUGUAUCAUUAAGUGAGGCAAAUCUGUUUAACAGCAAGGAUCAGGCAGGUGACAUGCUUAAUGCACUUUGUACUUCCUGCCAUUUUAUUUACUUUGCCACUCUGGGCUUCUGGAAACACAGAGAUCGUGUUCCCAGUAUGGGCCUUGCACAGAUAGAGGGACCUGAAGAAAGGGGAUGGGAUACCAGAGUCCCUACCGACCCAUGCUUUGGAAACCGGCUGCAGCUCUUACGCUGCUGGGAGGUUAGUGGAGACUUCUGGGUUCCAUCACAGUAGGGUUGAUUUCACUGUCAAAGACGGGCCUAGAAGCGCACUGAAAAAAGGAACUCCGGCAAGGUUCUGCAGGCCCCCUUCAGUGACCGUGGGCCAUGGUUUUGUAACUGUUAACUAAAGAAUGUGUACCUUUUACAAGCACUUUGGUGAACUAGAGAAUUAAGUAUUCUCAGGAUGUGUUCAAAGCUAAGAGGGUUUUAAUUUUAAAAAGAAACACAAUCCAGAUGGCUUUUCUGAUCCUCGUCUCUUCUUCCCUGUGGUGGGAGCUAGGCGUGGGGCAUGUGUCAUUCUGUGUUGACAAAUGUGCUAUGUCUGUCCAUAGUUUUGUGACAGUUCCCCAGCACUGUCCCUCAACAACACCAUGAUAACCUUGGUAGUAAAAGUCGAGAUUUUUUUAGGAAGUCCUCUGUUCUGUGCCCCUAAAAUAUUCUUAACCACUUUUCUCUGGAACCACUCCCACAUUUGAUUUGGUGUUAAAGGUAACAGCAAAAUGGAGAAUGUGGAGAUGGAUCUAUUUGGUCUUAAUGGUCUCUUGGUUAAAUUUGUUUAAGGGGUGUAUCACCUUGCUGUCCAUCUAUACCUAAUGCCUAUUUAUCAGCCCUCUUAGGUCAUAUAAAAGUUGCACCUUUUGAACCAAGUAAUUGUAUUUACUAGGGGAAAGGUGUGGAUUACAGAUUAGUAUUAUAUUAUUUUAAUGGAUUUAAAGUAAUUUAUAAGUAUGCUGAGUGUAAAUUUUAUAAGACUAUGUAUUGUAAAAGGACAUAUCCUGUGAAAUAUAAUAUCAUUUUACUGUUUAACAGAAUAAUUCUAUAAAAAGAAUGAUUUAUCUCACCCACGGAACUGACUACAUUCCUGAUGCAAUCGACAGGCACUUUGUAAUUUCAUUUUGGGUUUGGAUUUUUUUUUUUUAUGGAGGUGGGGGGAGUAAGGCAUCAUCUGUAUGAAGUGCAGUUUGUGUCACUCAGAAUAUGCACUGUAUAGCUACACAAAAGCAGCUUGAUGAACAAAUCACUCCAUGGCUCAUUAAAGAACAAAGCUUCCAGAAGCAGCAA